UAAGCUGGAAGAGGUUUGCUAAUUUUGUCAAAUGUUAUUGUUUUUCUGUUUAUCUUUUAUCUUUUUGAGUGAAUUAAAAUCUUAUUUUCAUCGAUUGUCUUUCUCACUUUGACAGCAUAUCGCUAGUUAGCUAUUCUUUAUAAUUGUCUCAAUAAAUAAAUCAAAAUGGCUGGUGUAAUUAGCCCUGAAACACCAACAGCGGGAAUUUCUCGGUCUGGUCGGAUCCGUAAGAAAUCGGCUAAAGUUAUUGAAAUGGAAGAAACUGAGAAAACUGUCGAAUCAGUAGAUAAACCUAAACCAGCUCGGACACCGAUUGGAAUCACGAACAAUGGUGUAACGCCUAAAAAGACUUUCAUUGAACGUGAUUUGACCAAUUCAUUGAGCUCCAAGCGUCUUAAAAUCAAAAUACCUCCUAUAAAUGAUAAUUUCAAAGACACCGUGAUGAUGGAAGGUGAUGAUGAUGAUAUUGCUGACGAAAACAUUGAUGAUACAGAUUAUGAUGGAUUAAACAUGUCACCAACUAUAAACUCUACAUCUCCACCUAUUAAUUCAGGCACCGCUCUUGGAGUUUUACCUGUCACAACUGUCAUCCCCUCUUCAACACCCUUACCAGCUAUAUCAACUUUGGCUGCUAAAAAACAUGAUAAAUCACCCAAAAAGUCUACGAGUUCAGAUACUUCAUUUAGUGAACUUGCCAUCAAACCCAUAAAGAUUAGUCGCAAAAUGGUUGAAAAUGACUCUGCGGCAAACAAAUUAUUUGAACAGAUCACAUCUGGUCAACCUCACAUUGAUCAUAGACGUAAAGGUUUCAGACGGAAGUUCAAAUAUGGUAUUGUUGGUAAUGUUGACUUUGGUUCAGAUGAUAAUGACUCAGACGAAGCAUCUUUGGUUAUAGCUAAUGAUCCUCAAGAUUCUUUGGCAUCAGCAAUGGCUCAUGUAAACAAGAUGAAAACACCUAAAGCUGAGCCGGUACCGGAAGUCGAAGAAAAGGAAGAAAAGAAACCUAAACGUCAAACCAAGGCUAAACUGAAAACACCAUUAGAGGGAAAAACUCCUGAAAAGAAAAAACGUGGUCCGUUAAUAACAGCUUACACACUUUUUGCCCGAGAAAAUCGUUCUAAAAUAGCUCAAAGCAACCCUCAUUUAGAUUUCGCUGGUGUUAGUAAAAGAUUAGGUGAAGUGUGGCAAACUCUCCCCAAUAAGGAAAAAAUGCAAUGGAAACGGAAAGCGGCUAAAAUGGCCCAGAAUAUGCAUCGAGCUUCAGAUCCAAUUAGCUCUUUACCAUCUAAAUCUACCUCAAGUCAUUCUAAAUCUUCAAUAAUUUCAAAACUUUCAUCCACUGUGACGCCUAAAUACUCAACAAAAAGUCAAGAAUCGACCUCAACUCGUAAAAACGAUGGAGGUUACGUCGAUGUAGCAUGUCAUUUAAAACUCAUUGGAGAUUCACUUACCAACAUAGGUCAAAGACUAAAUGACCGUCCAGGUCUCGCUAGUUCAGUUUCUUUAUCGGUACUUCUAGAUUCAACAAUUUGUGCUAUGGGAUCUUUGGUUGGUCUAACGAGGUUAGUUGAACAUUCCAACGGAUGUCCCAAAGAAGUACACGAUAAAUUAAUGGAUAACAUCUCAUUCAUUAUGCCUGGUAUUUAAGUGAAACCUCACAUAAUUAUCGCACUUUAAUUUCCUCAUUUCUUUCAUUUUCUGCUAAUCAUUGCCCAUCUUUUGAUCAUCUGUGAAUAUCUUCCGUGGAAACUUUCAUUAACUGAAUUUACUUUGAAUAUUCAUGUAAAAAUCAUCAUCCUCAUUGAUAUGGAUGUUUGAAUUAAUCUGAGAAAACUCUUAAUUGUUUCAAUUUUAUCCUUUACCUUUCCUUAAAAUCCCAAUGUCAAUCAAUUCUAUUUUAUUCUUCACUCUUUCACGCAUCUAAUUUAAAUUUAUUAUAUGGAUAAUCAGUGAACAUCUAUUCAACUGCAAAUUUAAUCUUUCUAGUUUCUCUAAUUGGCCAAUUACUGUUGACUGUUAUCCAUUAAAGUAAAAGACUCAUCUGA